AUGUAUAGGAGAUCUCCUCGCUCGCCGCGAAACCGCACAUCGGCGCAUCAACCACCAACAACGACCUUUGCGACCGUGUCGAUAGAAAGGACCUUUACUUCGAGUCCUUUAAGUCGACAACAACAACGGCAACAACAACAACAACCAUCCUGCACUCCGUCCUUCACCAUCUCUCCCAUGACGGAAAGACCACCCCCUGGGGAUCCGGUACAGGCACAACGGGACGGAUACUUGAUGAGACAAACCGAGCACGAGUUUGGGCGGGAGGAGACGGCGGCGACCUCGACUCCUUUGAAGGGCGAUUUGAAUACCCUCAACGAUAAGAAACGACAAGGCAUCAUCUUGACGCCAAUUGUCGUCGUUGUGGUGAUCGUGUUCUACCCCAUCAUCCAUCCAUCCUUCCUUUCGUCCGCCUUCCUUUCGAUCAUCGGACCCAGACUCCAACCAGAUCAUCGGACCCAGACUCCAACCUCGAUGUCGACGUGGGAUGUCGAUGAUGGCAAUCGAGCAGGAUCGGUUCCCCAGGAUCUCAGCCCCGAGAGGUCGACAAGGAUCGCGACAGACGGUCUCGGGAUUGCGAUAGACGAGCUCGGGAUUCCUAACGGUCUCGUUCAUUCGCCACCCCCGAUCCGAAUUCCGACGAUGGUCACGGUCAAGUGGAUGUCACUUCGAGGGAGGAGGUCGUUCCUCGAUCACCCUGUGCCAGGCGGGAACUAA